AUGCAACAAUCAUUGACGCUCAUUUUCACCUUGCUCUUUCCACUCCUUUUGCAUGCAGCAACUGAAAAUGAAAAACUUGCUUACGAUUUAUUGGUCUCGAAGGAUAAACUUCUCGCUGAAGCACACCAACUUGAAGAGUUGGCCAUAUUGUUGCUGCAGCAGAAUGUGAAGCAAACUCAAAUGGAAGCCUUGAAAGCAAGUCUCACUGGUUUGCCAAUCGGUACAUACAAUACAAUAUCCCGAACAAACGCAUACCCCUAUCGAUCACGUCCUCUUCUCAAAAGGCCACAAAAUCAAGAAGUGAGCGAUGACGAUGAACAAAGACGAUUGCAAGAAAUUCUGAAGAGGUUUCUGAAGAAUCACUAUUGUUCAUGUGCUUUGAUGAACGCACAAAAAUGUGGUGCUCGUUUAAUGCAGUCAAACCUUUUUCGUUCUAAUAAUCGCGUUCGAAUGAAUUCGCUCGAUUCAGUGGCGUAA